GGCGGCGGCGCCCAGGCGGUAGAGAGGAACCUCUUCAAGCUGGUGGCGACUGUGUCUUCCAAGAAUGAACCAUUUCAUAAAUACGUUCAGGAAGGGAUCACUCGAGACAAAGCAGCUCAAAGCCUGCGACCCUCUUUAGGAAGCACUCAGCGAAUCAUUAAGGAACUCCGUUCUUCCAAACAAGAGACAAGGAAGGAAAACCGUUACCGUGUAAUAGCCAACAACCGACCUAAUUGUAGUCAAAACAUUGCAGCUGUCGUAAACGGUGAGGCAUCGAUUGAUGGCGACAGAUCAGACUCUGAAGCAAGGGAAGAUGGUUCUCGAAAGGACAGCAGUGCUGUUAAUGACAGUUUGGACUGCUGUGGGCAAUUCCAGUUGUUUGAUAUUGUACAAGAAGAGGUGGUGGGAGACUCCAGCAUAACUGCUGCAAACCCUCAGAAAACUGACCCCGAUGUGAUCCUCUGCAAUGCAGUAGAGAUGAUCCGUGAGCGUUUACAUGUUUCUGAAGAUAGUAAAAAAGAACACCGUGAGAAGGAAGAUGAGUAUGUUUAUGACAUCUACUACAUGGAAUCAUCAGCCCCUGGCUGGAUCCAAAAUAUUCUUUCUGUACAGCCCUACAGAGAAGAAUAUGAACUGGUAAAUGAUGAUCACAUUCCAGGGGAAAUAGAUGAAGAUGAAGAUGAUGAAAACGACGAAAAUAACUGGCGUAAUGAUUAUCCUGAUGAAGAUGAAUUCUUGCCUGAGGAAGAUGAUGAUGGAGAAAAAGAGUCUGAAGACAGCUUCAGUGAUGAGGACCAAUGUUACAAGAGAAGAACAUGGAACAAAUACCAACAAGAGGUUCUACAGGAAUUUGGAUAUGAAGAGAUACAGGAUUUAGAUUCUGACUAA